AUGGCCACCUAUUUGAAGUGUAAAUAUCAUGACUAUACAGAUGCAGUAGUAUUACCAAACACGAAUAAUAUACCGAUGUGUAAAAGAGAACCUUUAUCCCUGGUGUAUUAUUGCUUUAGAAGUGAUAAUGUCCAUCGGGUACUAUUAGUGUUAUCAUACUACGGGGAACGAUUCUGUUCUGUGGGAUGUCCCAUAAUGAAUAUUAUUAUAUUCGAAUUAGGUUUUUAUGGAAAGGUAUUUCUCUACGAGGAGUAUGGUGAUUUUAAUGAUAUUGUUGUGUCGAUAAAGCCUCUAUUUGAAUAG